CAGUAGCUCACUGAGUGAUGUUGUUCUCCUGCCAGAAACCGAGAAGCAGUCGCGCAAGAUAACUCGUGGAUUAAGUAAGUCCAGAAAACGUCGUCUAGAAUUCUGUAAAUCAUGUCCACACCAGGAAAGGAUAAGUAACAUUCCAGAAAAAUCAAGUGGCUGAAGCGCAGCUAGCUCGUGGAUCUAACGCUUCGAAGUUUGGGCAGACCUUGCAAGUUUACUGUGGCUUGGCUACAGACAUCAUUUCGGCAGCUCUACCUUAGUCCACCACUCCAAAGACAAACAACAUGGUGUCCUGGAUCAUCUCAAGAAGCGUCGUGCUUGUGUUUGGGACCCUCUAUCCUGCAUACUACUCCUACAAAGCUGUCAAGACCAAAAAUGUCAAGGAAUACGUCCGGUGGAUGAUGUACUGGAUUGUUUUUGCCCUCUACACUGUAGUGGAGACCAUCACGGACCUUACACUGGCAUGGUUUCCCCUGUACUAUGAACUGAAGGUCGCCUUUGUGAUCUGGCUCUUGUCCCCUUACACAAGAGGAGCAAGUCUCAUUUAUAGGAAAUGCCUGCACCCGCUGCUGUCUUCCAGAGAGAGGGAAAUAGAUGAGUACAUCGUGCAGGCCAAGGAACGAAGUUACGAGACCAUGGUGAACUUCGGCAAGCAAGGCCUCAGCAUCGCGGCCACCGCUGCUGUCACUGCAGCUGUCAAGGGUCAAGGUGCCAUCACAGAUAAGCUGCGCAGCUUGAGCAUGCAUGACCUCACACAGAUCAGCCAGCAAGACGGCAGAGGAGACAACCAGCUGUACCGCUACACCGCCCACGCGGGCAAUCCAGCCGUCAGACGAGCUCAGGGUGCUGAUGCACCUGAUGACGCAGAAUACUUUUACGACCAAGACGACCGGAGCGACGACGACGACACUGAGCCGACGUUCUCUGAAGACGAGGCUGUUUCUCAAAAAGGACUGAGGCGAUCUCAGAGUGUCAGGCUGACACGGGCCAGAGUCCGCAAAGAUGCUCGCUAUGGAUCGCUGAAGAUUAAAGGGAAGAAGAGACCAGCGCUCAGCUCAAUUAAUUAUGGAGUGUGAAGAGACUUCUUCUGACACACACCCACGGAUACACUGCUGAGUAGUCAAAGAUAUUAUCUGUCUGAAAUAGUUGUAUCUUCCUGGGCUAUUCAAUUACAAAUUCAAUUGGGCCAACACAUAACACUUGAACUCAUGCUCACUGACACAGAAUUUGUGAAUAAUAUUUUGAGCAAGUUUGGCCUUUUCUGUACAAUUGUACAGCACAUGGAAAAGUCUUAAUUUUUUAAAAAAUACUACAGCCCAUGAAAAAUUGGAGCAAAAUGUCAAGUGCAUUCGUAUUUUCCAUAACUUACUUUUAAUAACGUAUGAUCUUUUCUUCCUUUUAUUUGUCAUGUUUGGAUGAGAAGGGCUUUUAUAUUAUCCGUAGCUGUUUUUGUAUCUGCAUCUCACCCCAAAGCUUUUUUAAACUGCCGUUUUGUCGCUUGUCAUCUCAAUUUUUAUCGGCGUCGUCGCAAGUAGGAUGCUGAACACCAAAUAGUUGUCCGCUUGAUAAAUCAAUGUAUUGAUACACUCCAUUUCAGUGAUUGACUUUAUGGCAUUUAAAAUGAGCUACACUUGUCACUGUGCUGAAUCAGUGGAAAUGACGUGGCUCUUAUUUCUUUUCCAAAAUGGAGGAAGAUGGCACAGUGCUUAUUUUAUUGCUUAUUACUGACUAGAUUGAUCAUGAUUAUUAUCUCAAUCAUAGAUCGCUAUCCAGUUUUUAUUUUCUUACUUGACAGGGCGAGCGCAAUGAACAUAGUAAUUACAUUUGAUGUAUUUGGAGUCUAUUUAGGAAUACAGUUGCCCUCCAGCAUCAUCAGACAAAUAACAUUUGAACAGAAAUUAAGGACUUCCUGGGUGGUGGAGCUGUUGUUAAUUAAAAAAAAAAAUACUAUCACCGAGAGGCUUCCCUCUAAUGUGCUUAUAGGAGGAAAGUUGUUGACCGCCCUUCGGCUGCUUGACAAAGUUGUGCAUGCAGACGUGUUUGUUGAUCAACAUGGCCAGCCACGAUUUACAGUCUGUUACAGCUUUUGAUGAAACCAGCCAAAUCUUGUCAUAUUGUCCGUGCAAUGCACAGAACUGACUAAUUAUAUCCCAAAGCUUUGCGUACUUUAGAGUAGUUCGGCUCAGGUUUCGGCUAACUGUUUUGUGGAUUACCGGAUUGUAAUUCAAUAAAAGGAUGGCAAUAAA